AUGGCUCGUUGGAGACGGAGGGUUGCACUUCGAGCACCGGGCAAGCUGCCAGGCUAUCUAAUGGAUUCAGAAUUGAACGAAAUUGAGAUUAUUUUUGCUCAGAAGUUGGCAUCUGGUGAGCCGAUCACUCGUCGACGAGCUUUUCGGACGCUAUGUGACUGGAUUCGGACUGAAUCAACCAGGCGAGAAUUUGACGAUAAAGCGAUAUUACAUUUAACCAAGGGACUGCAUUACGUGAUGUGGAUGCAAGACAAGAUGUUAUGGCAAGAGCAACUCGCCGAUAAUAUCGCUUCAUUGUUAAAUUUAUUUGAAAGAGAAAAAGAGUCCGUUUUGUUCACCAAGUGCAUGUUAAUAACUAUUUCUAAUGAGUGGUCACGAAUGGAUCGUUGGAGAAUGGAUAAGUUUCUUAUGUUAAUACGUCGGCUUGUUCGUGCUCUUUUCCUACGCCUACGCUCGAAGAAUUGGGAGACGACGAUCACUAAUAUGUACAUCAACGCUUUUAAGGAUUGUGUUAUUUCAAAUGACAAAUCAUUUUCGGAAGGAUUAAAAUUUCAUUUCGCAUCCAUUUAUCUCGAUGAAUUGGACGGUGCUGGCGGUUUGAGACCAAAUCAGGUGACAGAACUUUUGAAACCGUAUGCUGAUCUUCUUGCCAACAGGACAUUGUCGAAUUAUCUUUUUGAUUCUGUUAUACAAGAGAUAUUCCUGUCAAUUUUACAUCAGUACGCCGAAGAAAAAGUGGAGAAGAACAUAACAGACGGAACAGUGGAAAGUGCUAGUGACCAAGGAAUCAAAUUCGACUAUGAUCAAAUAAGCAAAUUACUGCUUGAAAUUGGGAAGAAACCUGGCAUAAAGAGUGCUCGAAGGAAGCAGUUAUAUACUGUAUCAAAAAAAUUCACAGCAGCCAAAAAUGGUGAAGCUCCUUUUAUUAUGGUUACGAAAGCACAAACUCGUUUGAGGACGGAAGUGCCGAAAUCUGAAAUAGUAAAUGCUGUCUCACGACUUAUGAAUGAAAUGGCCAAACAAAGAUUGAUUAAAAAAACAACAAAAUUGGCUUUGAAAAAUAAAACACCUCUGAGGAAUACUCAAUCUACGAAAGUUAUUAAAAAUACUAAGAAAACGAAGAAAAUUGGUAAAAAAAAAAUGUUGCAGCGAAGUGGAGUAAUUCACAGAAAGCGUAAGCAGCAAAAGUUCUGA